UGGCUUAGGGAAGAAGAAGCAGAAAACAAAACAAGUUCAUCAUGUGCAGCUUGGUCUGACUACACACCCUUUCAGAAAACAGGCUGGGUAAGACACCCAUUUAAGGAAUAAAUGAAGAAGUAGCAAUAAGGAAAUUUUAAUUGUUGCCGUACACAAAAAGAGAACUGUGCUUUGACAGUGUUUCCAGAGUACUUUCCUAAUUUUUCUGACAGCUAAAUGCAUACAAAACAGAAAAGUGUGUAUCAGCAAACUCAAGCACUUCUGUGCAAGAAUUUUCUUCAGAAAUGGAGAAUGAAAAGAGAGAGCUUAUUGGAAUGGGGGCUCCCAAUACUUCUGGGACUGUACAUGGGACUGUUUUCACAUUUCAGAGAAAACAUAUAUUUUCCUGAACUGCCUCCUCAAGAUCUGGGAAGGGCAGAUAACAUUAGUAACUCUAUAGAUAUUGUAUAUACACCUAUCUCUGAUCUAACCCAGCAAAUAAUGAAUAAAACAUCAUUUGCUCCCUUUUUGAAAGAAAGAAGGGUCAUUGGAGUACCCAAUCAGAAAUCCAUGGAUAAAAUACUUGUAGCCAAUACCUCAAAAGUCAUUGGAAUCAUCUUUCAUGACACUUUCUCUUAUAAAUUAAAAUUUUUACAGGGAUAUCACAUUCCAUUUUUGGAGGAAGAUCCUUCCACAGCUCAUUGUUGGAAUCAGUAUGGUGAGUUUUCCUGUUCUCUGGCCAAAUACUGGAGUAGUGGAUUUGUGACUCUACAAACUGCAAUUGAUGCUUCUAUUAUACAGAUCACAACAAAUCACUCUGUGAUGGAGGAAUUGAUGUCAGUUACUGGUAUAAAUAUGAAGACUUUACCUUUUAUUUAUAAAAACAUUCUUCAAAAGGAACUCUUUAUUUUCUACUGCCUGCUUAACUUUCUUCCAUUUAUAUAUUUUAUAACACUUAAUGCCACAAAAGAGAGAAAAAAGUGCCAGGAUAUGAUGAAAAUGAUGGGUCUGCAAAAGUCAGCCUUCUGGAUCUCCUGCGGUUUAAUCUAUGCUGGUUUCAUCUUCAUUGUUUCCAUAAUGAUGACAGUUAUCAUAACAGUUACCCAAAUUAUAGUCAUGACGGGCUUCAUGGUCAUAUUUACACUCAUUUUCUUAUAUGGUUUAUCUUUGAUAGCUUUAACAUUCCUGAUGAGCGUGUUGUUAAAGAAGACUGUCCUCACCAAUUUGGUGAUGCUUUUCCUCAAUGUGUUUUGUGGGACUAUAGGAUUCGGUGUGUAUUAUAGACAACUUCCUUCCUCUUUGGAGUGGAUUUUGAGUAUUUGCAGCCCCUUUGCCUUCACUGCUGGGAUGAAUAAGAUUAUCUACUUCGAUAAUGCUAUCAGUGGUGCCAUUUUACCUUACUCUUCAGGAGAUUCAUAUGUAAUGAUUGGAACUUUUUUCAUAUUGGCUUUUGAUGCACUUUUCUACUUGGCAUUGGCAUUAUACUUUGAAAAAGUCUUACCCUAUGGAAAUGAGCACCGUUCUUCUCCAUUAUUUUUCCUGAAAUUACCUUGUUUCCAACAUCAGAGAACUAAUAAUAAGGUCAUUGAGAAAGAUAUAGAUCCCGAACAUCCCUCUGAUGAUUAUUUCGAACCAGUAGCCCCAGAAUUCCAAGGAAAAGAAGUUAUCAGAAUCAGAAAUGUUAAAAAAGAAUAUACGGGAAAGACUGGGAAAAUGAAAGCAUUGAAAGACUUGACUUUUGACAUAUAUGAAGGUCAAAUCACAGCAAUUCUGGGUCAUAGUGGAGCUGGCAAAUCUUCAUUGCUGAACAUCCUUAAUGGGUCAUCUGCUCCAACAGAAGGAUCAGUUACUAUCUAUAAUAAAAAUCUCUCUGAAAUGCAAGACUUGGAGGAAAUCAGAAAGAUAACUGGUGUUUGUCCUCAAUUCAAUGUUCAAUUUGACAUGCUCACCGUGAAGGAAAACCUCAGGCUAUUUGCUAAAAUAAAAGGAAUUCAGCCGCACGAAGUGGAACAAGAGGUACAAAGAAUUUUAUUAGAAUUGAAUAUACAAAACAUUCAGGAUAAUCUUGCUACACAUUUAACUGAAGGACAGAAAAGAAAGCUGACCUUUGGGAUUGCCAUUUUAGGAGAUCCUCAAAUUUUACUAUUAGAUGAACCAACUGCCGGCUUGGAUCCCUUUUCAAGGCAUCGAGUAUGGAACUUCCUCAAGGAACACAAAGCAGGCCAUGUAAUCCUCUUGAGUACCAAUCUCAUGGAUGAGGCUGACAUCCUGGCUGAUAGGAAAGUGAUCAUGUCCAAUGGGAGACUGAAGUGUGCAGGGUCUUCUGUCUUUUUGAAGAGAAAAUGGGGUCUUGGAUAUUACUUAAGUUUGUACAGAAAUGAAGUAUGCGAUCCAGAAAAAAUAACAUCCUUUGUUAAUCAUCACAUCCCUGAUGCUAAAUUAAAAACAGAAAACAAAGAAAAACUUGUAUAUAUUUUGCCCAUGGAAAGGACAAAUAAAUUUCCAGAGCUUUUCAGUGAUCUUGAUAAGUGUUCUGGCCAGGGUGUGAUGAGUUAUGACAUUUCCGUGUCAACUCUGAAUGACGUCUUCAUGAAACUGGAAGGCAAAUCAACCAUCGAACAAGAUUUUGAACAAGCAGAGAUGGUAAGAGACACAGAAAGCCUACAUGAAAUAGAGCCAGCUUGCUCUUCUAUUCCUGAAACGCAGAAGGCUGUGAGUGACAUGGGCCUCUGGAAAAUGCAGAUCUGCGCAAUAGCACGACUCCGUUUCUUAAAGUUAAAACGUGGAAGGGAAGAGCUUUUGACCCUACUGUUGGUAUUCGGAGUUGCCAUGUUCCCUUUGAUUGCGGAAAAUAUAAUUAGUGUUCUAUUAAUUCAAAAGAUUGACUGGAAAUUUAAACCCGAAGUGUAUUUCCUCUCUCCUGGACAACCUCCCAAAGACCCUCGUACCAGCCUAUUGAUCAUCAAUAACACAGACUCAAAUAUUGAAGAUUUUAUACAGUCAGUGAAGCAUCAAAAUAUACUUUUGGAAGUAGAUGACUUUGCAAACAGAAAUGGCACUGCAGACCUGUCAUACAAUGGAGCUAUCAUAGUUUCUGGUAAACAAAAGGAUUACAGAUUUUCAGUUCUGUGCAACACCUUGAGACUGCAUUGCUUUCCUGUUCUCGUGAAUAUUGUUAGCAAUGGGCUACUUCGAAUGCUUAAUGGUACACAAAAUAUUCAAAUUGAGAGAAGUCCAUAUCCUUUUAAUGAUGAGAUUUUCUCAACUGGGCUGCCGGAAGGUUUCACAUUCUUAUUUUGGAUUGUGUGCAGCAUUUCUCCUUACUUCUCCAUGAGCAGUAUCAGCGAUUACAAAAAGAGAGCUAAGUCCCAGCUAUGGAUCUCAGGCCUCUAUCCUUCUGCCUACUGGUUUGGGCAGGCACUGGUGGAUAUUAGCUUCUUUGGUUUUUUUCUCUUUUCAAUGCUUUUAUUUUUGUAUAUAGCAAGCUUAAUGGAAAUUUAUAUCACAAGCGGAAUUGUGUUUGCUUUGGUUAUAUUCAUGCUCGGUUAUGCAGCUUCACUUGUCUUCCUAACAUACGUGAUAUCCUUUAUUUUUCGCAAGACGAGAAAAAGUAGUGGCCUUUGGUCAUUUUGCAUCUAUAUUACCUCCAUCAUCAUAUUUGACAUUGUGCUGAUGCACUUCGACUUGCCUGUCUUGAUUUCUAGCAUGAUAUUAGUUCCUUUCACUACCAUGGGUGGAUUUCUGGCUUUUUUGGCACAGAGAACUUAUGAGCACCAACUAGAAUAUCUAAACCACAGAUAUGACCCAAGUGGAGUUGAUUUUCUAGUAUGCCUAAUACCUUACUUGCAGGCUUUGAUAUUUGUUUUUAUCCUAAGAUGCAUGGAAACAAAAUGUGGAAAGAAAAUAAUGCGAAAGGAUCCCAUUUUCAGAAUUUCCCCCCAAAGUGGAAGUGCUGGGCCUAAUCCAGAAGAACCUGUUGAUGAGGAUGAAGAUGUUAAAGCAGAAAGAUUAAGAGCAGCAACUGCCCUGACUACUUCACAAGCAGAUGAGAAACCUGUCAUAAUUGCUAGCUGUCUACACAAAGAGUAUGCAGGUCAGAAGAAAAGUUGCUUCUCAAAGAGGAAGAAGAAAAUAGCAACAAGAAAUCUCUCUCUCUGUGUUAAAAAAGGUGAAAUUUUGGGAUUGCUAGGACCCAAUGGCGCUGGUAAAAGUUCAUCUAUUAGAAUGAUUUCUGGGAUCACGAAGCCAACGGCUGGAGAGGUAGAACUGAAAGGAUGUCGCUCGGGUUUGGGUCAUCAGGGAGACAGCCUGGUCAACUUCCUGGGCUACUGUCCUCAGGAGAACGUGCUGUGGCCCAACCUGACAGUGAGGGAACAUCUGGAGGUGUUCGCCGCCGUCAAAGGGCUGAGGAAAGGGGACGCCACCAUGGCCAUUUCACGAUUGGUGGAUUCUUUCAAACUGCAUGACCAGCUCAAUGUUCAGGCAAAGAAAUUAACGGCAGGAGCCACCAGGAAGUUGUGUUUUGUGUUGAGCAUCCUGGGAAAUUCGCCUAUCCUGCUUCUGGAUGAACCAUCAACAGGCAUGGAUCCAGCAGGGCAGCAGCAAAUGUGGCAGACAAUCCAGGCAGCCAUUAAAAACACAGAGAAAGGGGCCCUCCUAACCACCCAUUACCUGGCCGAAGUCGAGGCCAUGUGUGACCGCAUCGCUAUCAUGGUGUCUGGAAGGCUGAGGUGCAUCGGCUCCACCCAACACCUGAAAAAUAAACUUGGCAAGGACUACAUUCUAGAACUGAAAGUGAAGGAAAUGUCCCAAGUGACUUGGGUUCACAACGAGAUUCUGAAGCUUUUCCCAGAGGCCGCACAGCAGGAAAGGUAUUCUUCCCUCUUGGUCUAUAAACUGCCUUUGGCAGAUGUCUACCCUCUAUCUCAGGCCUUCCGCAAAUUAGAGGCAGUGAAACAUGACUUUAACCUAGAAGAGUACAGCCUCUCUCAGUGCACAUUGGAAAAGAUAUUUCUAGAACUUUCUAAGGAGCAAGAGGUUGGAAAUUUUGAAGAAGAAAUUGAUACAACCAUGAGAUGGGCACUCCUCUCUCCUUCAGAUGACAUUUAAAAGCUCAAACCUAUUAAUCCUUUGUGUCAUAUAAGCUUACGCCAUAUGUAAUAAUUGUCAGUAUGUAUAAUUUUAAAAAUCAUUAACAUCAAUAUCUGGUAUAUCUUGUGUAUUUAGCUAACAAAUGAAUAAAUGUAAAAAUUAUUCUCCUUAAAUUUAGGAAUGGUGGAAAAUCUGUGGUAAAGGCAAUUCAAAGUAUUAAUGAAGUUACCUGAAGGGCAGGUGCCAGGUAUUGUGGAAAUAAAGCCACAAACUUGGAAUUUUUUUGAAAUACAACUUCAAACAUGGCAUAUCACUUUGAAAUAUGAUAUUUACUAAGAAAUUCCCCAGCAGAAAUAUAUGAGGGAUAUAUUCAACAGCCAGAAGCUAGCGGGAUUGCUACACACCAGUUUGGGAGGUAUCAGUUUUACGAGUUUGUAUUAAGACACAAGUAAAACGCAAGAAUAGUCCUCUGGACCCUUUCCAGAAAUUUGAAAUUCACAGAGUGAGGAGUCCAUUGGAUUCACACAUGAACAAGCGUGUGCAUUGGAAAAGCAGUUCGAACAUAAUUUAUGAAAAUAAGGGGAGUCACAGCAGCAUUUGUUCAAAUUUUUAAGAUUUUGAAUGUGUUACAUUAUGAUUGUGGGGGUACUGAUUUUUCUCAUCAGCUUUUCAGUAGUUUUCUGUGUACAGUUGACCCUCAAACAACACAGGAGUUAGGGUACCAAGCCCCCCCAUGCAGUAAAAAUCCCAUAUAACUUUUGACUCCCCCAAAACUUAACUACUAAUAGCCUACUAUUGACCAAGAAGUCUUCCCAGUAACAUAGUCAAUUAACACAGUUUGUAUAUGUAUUAUGUGCUGUGUUCUUACAAUAAGUAAGCUAGAGAAGAGACAAUGUAACUAAGAAAAUCAUAAGGAAAAAGUAUAUUUACUGUAUGGUAAAAAAUCCAUGUCAGUGAACCUGUGCAGUUAAAAUCCAUACAGCUCAAGGGUCAGCUAUAUUUACUGCUAUUUUAAAAUCACUUCCCUCUUAAAUAUGUACAUAUGUCUAUACACACAUGCAUAAAUCAUUUAUAUUACUAAAUUUAAAAAAUCUGCGUGAGCUUUAAAUAUAAUUUUCCCCCUAAAUAAUAGUGAUUUCAUCUUGAAUAUCAUGAGAAAAUUUUUUGAAGACCAAACAGUAUCCUUGAUACCUUUUUUUUUUUUGGUGUUAUGUUAUAUUACUUAAAUUGUUAUGCUCUUUGAAGAACAUUUGUAUAAUGGAGAAAAACACAGAAAUUAAAUAAAAUUGAAUAAAAGAAUCACCAUACUUUCUCCACACCAAAAAAACAAAAA